UCUCUCUCUCUCUCUCUCUCUAAGGUGGUGGUGACUCCAUCUACAUAUGUAAGCAAUAACCAAAACAAAUUGCUUUCCCAAGUAUACUAUCUUUGGCCUUCGAGGGCCCAAAAGAGAUGAGAAAGCCGUCAAGGAGCGGAGGAAUUUCAAGCAGCAGAGUGGGAAGAGAUCGAUGAAGCUUGUUUGGUGUCCCGAUACGGCUUCAAAGGCCUACAUCGAUACUGUUAAAUCAUGUGAGCUAUUUGAAGAAUCGAGUGUGGCGGAGCUGGUAUCUGCCAUGGCGGCGGGAUGGAAAGCGAAGGUGAUCGUGGAAGCGUGGUCAGUCGGCGGAGUGGUAUCGACCAGUAUAGGUCUCGCUGUGGCCAGCCGUCACACGGGGGCGAGACAUGUAUGUGUGGUGCAGGAUGAACGGUCGAGAUUGGAGUAUGUGGAAGCGAUGUUGCGUGGGGUAGGGGUGUCGCCGGAAGUUAUAGUGGGAGAGGCGAAGGAGGUGAUGAUGGGGAUAUCGGAGGUGGACUUCUUGGUGGUGGAUCUUCGCCGGAAGGACUUUGCCAGGGUAUUGAGAGUGGCAAGGUUCAGCAACCAGGGUGCGGUGGUGGUGUGCAAGCAUGCGAACGCUGUAGGGACCAGUUUUAGGUUGCGUGGGGUUUUGCCCUUAACGACACGUGUCGUGCGGACGGUAUGUCUUCCGGUAGGGAAGGGUUUGGAUAUUGUACAUGUGGGGAGUAGCAGCAGCGGUGGUGAUGGUGAUGGUGGUGGUGGUGGUGGUGGUACCGGCUCCGUCACCAAAGGCACCGGUCGUUGGAUCAGACACGUGGACGAGGAAUCUGGGGAAGAGCAUUUGUUCCGGAAAUGAGUAAGAAAGAAUUGCUGCAUCAGUGCAGUGAAUAUCGAGUGAUUUAAAGGUUUCUUAAAGCAUAUGUCUAGAUGCUCUCAAUUGUUCGAUGCUUAUCUCACUGCUCACUGCAAAAGAUGUUGAAGAAAGUUAGAUGAACAGAAUAAAGUUGAGGUUAUGAGAUUGAUUUACCAUGGAAAAUAAGGGAUGGAUUUUAAUUACCUUGUAUAUAUUGAGAUUUGUAGUGUUUAAUUUGAUGAACUUUAUAGAAUUUAAUAUAAUUAUGAAAAGGAAGGGAAAUUGUCACUCACAGUCACAGGAAGCCCUGUUUGGUAGGGUAUCAAAUCUUGGUUGCUAGGUUCAUGUAUUGAUUAAUUAGCUCAAUUCAAUUCAAUAAUUGUGUGCUCAA